UGGGGCUUGACAGACUGUCUAUUCAGCAUACAAACAAUUGCACAAGGAGCUGUCAUUCAGUAUUCCACAGCCCAUUCACCUUUUAUUGAGACCUCUGAGAUUUGAGCUGGAAUGCAGACCAUCGUGCUGUUGGUAGUGUGGGUGCUGGGAACCUCGCUGGUGUUGCCAGACCCAGACACAGCAGGAGAGAAGGUUGAAGAGGACCCCAUUCCCUGCUCUAAAGGGUGCACCUGUAUGCCUGACGAGUACAACGCAGAGCUCAACAUGUACUGUAGUGCCCGUAACUUCACGAAAGUACCAACCGACAUGCCUGCUCCCACUCAUUCUCUCUGGCUGGAUGGCAACUUGUUCACCUCGCUUCCAGCAUCAUCUUUUAGGGAUCUCACCAACCUGGACUUUUUGAAUCUACAAAGUGGCCAGCUAGCGACCAUCGACCCUCAGGCUUUCAAAGGCCUUAGAUCGUUGGCGCACAUUCACCUCGAGCGAAACCGCCUCAGGGUGUUACCCGGUAUAGUCUUCCAGAAUACGCCUAACCUCGCUUCGCUCAGCCUGCAUAACAACCAGCUCAGUCGCAUUGAGGAAAGACUCUUUGCAGGACUAUCACAAAUGUGGCUUCUCAACCUCGGGUGGAAUUCGAUAACGGUCUUACCAGAGGCGACUUUCCACGACUUGCAGGGCCUACGAGAACUGAUCCUUGCGGGGAACAGGCUCGCGUACUUGCAGCCACAGCUCUUCCAAAAUCUUGCAGAGCUUAAAGAGUUGGAUCUGAGAGGGAAUCACCUCAAGGUCAUCAAAGCUAACGUGUUUGUUAAACUGACUAAGCUGCAAAAGCUUUACCUGGCCCAGAAUCAGAUCGCGACAGUGGUACCCAGAGCUUUUGUAGGCAUGAAGUCGCUCAGGUGGUUGGAUCUGACGAACAACAAGCUGACUUCCCUGCACGACGACACCUUCAUGGGCCUGCACAGUCUUCACGUGCUGCGCCUCUCCAACAACUCUAUCACUGGAAUUAGGCCCAGGACAUUCCGCGAUCUGCAGUACUUAGAAGAACUGCGACUCAGCUACAACAGGAUAAGAGCCCUGGGGGAGAGGAUCUUCGAAGGGCUCGGCCACCUGGAGGUCCUGGAGCUGGAGCACAAUCAAGUGCAGGAGGCGCAAGUGGGUAGCUUCACGGGCCUCUCUCAUGUGGCCGUCAUUAAUCUCUCUGGAAGCUGUUUCCACAGUCUGACGGACCAAGUGUUCAAAGGUCUUUCAAAGCUUCACAGCUUGCAUCUGGAUAGAGGUUGCCUGACAAGGAUCACAGCUCAAGCUUUCACUGGACUUUCUGGUUUAAGGAGGCUUUUCUUGCAACACAACAACAUCUCUGUGGUGGAAUAUAAUAGCUUUGUGGACCUGGUUGGCCUGCUGGGACUGGACCUGAGGUUCAACAAGCUGGAAGAUCUCACAAUCCAGACGUUCUCCGGCCUUAGGAAUUUGGAGUAUUUGCUGUUGACCAACAACGACUGUCGGCAGUUUUCACAAAACGGCACAAAGCAGACACUUCCGAGGCUGCGUUAUAUGGAUCUGAGAGCUAACGCCUUAACAACCCUGGUCCCUGACUUCUCUGGGAGCAUGGAAAAGCUCCUGCUGUCUGGGAACCGGUGGAAAUGUGACUGCAGCGCCCUGCCGCUCAGAAACUACAGCUUGAGGUAUCCGCAGGUGGUACCCAGACUAGUGGAGACCCACGCGGAAGGGGAAGAGCCCGACUCAACUAUCAUCAUAUACAACAACAUCACGUGCACCAGCCCACUACGCCUAGUUGGUCUGGACCUACGGGACGUGGACAAUGAUUCCUUCCAAGGCUGCUAGGCAGACACACAUUGUUUGAUGAUGUGUUAAGAAUUGGUUAGUACAAUAAUAGAGGAGGGUACAACACAUGUACCUGUGCUGUAUAUUGUAUAUUGUCAACAGUGUACAUUUAAGUAGUUUUAUUGCAACAUUACAACUGUAACUUUGGUAUGCGUUUCAGGUCAACUACUCUACUAAUCAACUUUUAACAGGCGAAUUGUUAUUUGAUGACUGUUUCAAAAUCUAUUUUUUCUUUUUCUUCUUCUUUUUUUUAUUUUUAGUAUCAGCCUUAUGGAGCUAUGUUAAAUACGGAUGUGUAAUUGUGCAUUAAUGUGAUGACGGCCGGCAAAAUGUCAAUUUGAAUUGAUGCAACCAAUCCAUGACAAAUGCUUUGUGACAAUCAAAUUCAUGCUAAUAUGAGACGGUACUACGGACUGUAAUGGCAACAAGUUGCUCAAGACGGGUCUCCUGGACACGUUUAAUAAAGACACAUUCACAUGUGA